AAAGAACGAGAGAGAUGGAGAGAGAAAGUAGUAGUUGCUUUAUUUUUCCUUUCAUUUUCAUAUAUGAACGCUCUCUUUUGACACCCAAGCUUUAAAAUCAUUCUUUUUCAUUGACAAUUUGAUAAUUCACAGUUUCACACCAUAUAUUCACACUACAGAUAUAUAUAAAUCUUCUCCAGUUUCUCUCUCUACCUUUCUUUUUCUUUUCUCAUUCGAUCAAUCUUCCUGUCUUUCCAUCUACCUUCGUCAAUUCAGUGAAUCGAUAUCUAUAUAAUUCUCAUGGAGGGCCACCACCACCCUUACACCAGUGUAAAUAUAGAUACAGGCGGUGGCGGUGGAGCUGAUAGGUUCCCUCAAUGGAGUAUUCAAGAAACCAGGGAUUUCUUGAUUGUUCGGGCCGAGCUCGAUCCGACGUUCAUGGAGACUAAAAGGAAUAAGCUUCUUUGGGAAGUAAUCUCCACUAGAAUGAAAGAAAAGGGUUAUAAUCGAAGCGCUGAUCAGUGUAAGUGCAAAUGGAAAAACCUCGUAACCCGAUUCAAGGGAUGUGAAACGAUGGAGUCAGAAGGUAUGCGCCAACAGUUUCCAUUUUACAAUGAACUCCAAGCAAUAUUUGGUGCAAGAAUGCAAAGAAUGCUAUGGAUUGAAGCUGAAGGCGGUGGAGCAAGUAGUUCGAAGAAAAAAGCGGCGGCCACGGCGCAGAUAUCUUCAGACGAGGAGGACGAUAAUGACGACAGCGAUGUAGAUCAAAAGGGUAGCAGUAAGAAGAAAAGGAAGACUAGAAGCAAUACAAAUACCGGCAAUUCGAGCAAUUUGAUCACAAGUAUAAGGGAGAUAAUGGAAGAAUUCAUGAAGCAACAGAUGCAAAUGGAGAUGCAGUGGCUGAAAGCAUAUGAAGCAAGAGAACAAGAGAGAAGAAUAAAAGAAAUGGAAUGGAGAAAAACAAUGGAGGAUUUAGAAAAUGAGAGGAUGAUGAUGGAUAGAAAAUGGAGAGAAAGGGAAGAACAAAGGAGAAUUAGAGAAGAAGCUAGAGCAGAAAAAAGAGAUACCCUUAUUACAGCUUUAUUAAAUAAGCUUAGAAGAGAAGACAUGUAGCCUGCUGCUGCUGAUAUUUCUAUGUUUUUACUAGCUAGUUUUGAAGAAGAGGAAAAAAAAUUAAUAAAAUUAAAUUAAACCUUAGAGAGGUUUGUCUUGAAACUCUUAUUUUUACUGCCUUUAUUUUUCUUGCUGAUCGGAGUUGUUUUCUUCUCGUGUUGUUUGUUCAUAAAUCUUGAUUCGUGAUAUAUAUAUUAGAAUCGUGGGUUAUUCAAAUUAGGUUUUCUGAAUGGUAUAAUUUCGUGUUGAUUGAUUCUCUAUUAUGAACCUUUCUAUGCCUGAUAAACUAAGAUUGGAACAACUCCAUGCCUUGAUUUUCCAUCUUCUUCUCUAAGCUUUAAUUAGUGCAGAGUAAUCACUGCAUCAUGGAGGCUGGGGUUACAUAGCCAUAUAGAACUGUGUAGUCACAGAGUUAUCAAUAUUUUGGGGACUGAUUUAUUUUUUAAUUAAACUUCAUACACAUGCAUGAUGCAUACACAAACAAGAUUUGAAUCUUGAACCGCCUUGCCUAAGUCCUUAUUUGAUAUAUUAUUGAUUUAAAUUUUGAAUUAAGCUACUUGUACAUUAUUUUUGUACAUCAUAGAUGACAUUUCAUGAUGUGUUUACAUGGAUUAUUUUAAGUAUUAUUAAAAUCAAUGACAAAAUUGUAUGCCACAUCGUGGUUUAAGCAAAGUUAUUGGUAUAAGUGUAGUUCUUUCUGUUUGGAAGAUCAUGAAUUUUCCCUAAUAACUUUUCCCUUUCUUGUAGGUGUGGAUCAAACCUGCAAGAUGAUGUGCUUUCUGUUCUGAUGUCAUUUCUGUCUGUAUUUGAUCGUGGCCAAGGACAAGAUAUGAGGAUAGUAUAACUGGAUUCAUACUUCUAUAUGAUGUCUUUGUUGCGAAGCAAUCCAAAAUUCCCUUAAAAAUGUAAUCUACACAAAUUUAGAACCACCAAAUUUUAUGAAGCCAUUUAUAAUCUUUUGUUUAUUUUAA